GUACACAACAAAAGACCACAUUUCACCUGCGUGUCCAAGCUGCCGUCGGCACACAAGGACCUGAACCCAUUCACAGGAGGAAGUAACGCAAUGCGCAAUUACGCGCGGGAGUAGAGGAAUUUAACGACCGGCCAGUGUCUUUGGCUCUGCUCCGGGGCUUUUGCAUUUCUCCGUUUAGAGGCGAUUUAUAUGCUGCGACGUCAUCAUUGCAGCCGCAGCCUGCCCUCACCUGUUAACUCUCAACUCAUCCAGUCCUCUGUGCGCACAGGGCAGGAUGGGAUGCUCCACCAGUUCUCAAACUUCAGCGGUAGAUACGACUCGACCCAGUGCUAAGCCCGAGGAGAGCAACGGAGCCAGCACCACAGGGUUGGCCAAUGAGAAUGGAAAAGUAGCAGAAGACAGUGAAACUAUUCCCGACCAGACACCCGCUGCGCCUGCUGAAGGCGGCGAUGCUAAGCCUGACAAUGAAUCUGCUGUCGCUGCGACAGCUGCAGACACCAACUCGGCAAAUCCGCCAGCAGCGGAGGAGCCCAAGCCUGCUGCUGCUGACGGCCCACCUGCAGAAACGCCAGCAGCGGACAGCAAUGCUGAAGCUCCAGCAAAUGAAGAGGCCACAGCGGCUGACACAGAGCCCAAAACAGAGGAGGCACCAGCCCCCAGCGAGUGAGGUGCAACAUGAACGACUUUGUCUGUCUGCAUGAGUAAAUGUAUGUAUGUGUGUGUGUAUGGGAGACAUCACCUUGUUGCCAAGAUGCAGACCCUGUGAUGACCAUUUUGAGUCAGGGUCCUCAGUCACCGCUGUGCCUAUUUCCUUCUUGAUGGCUUUAACUGUACAUAGACAGAGAUCUAUAGUGCUUCACGAUCAUCUGAAUCAACUGAAAUUUCUAUUUAUUAUUUGUGUAGAAAUUUAUAAUAGCAUGACACAUAACUUGAACCUAAGACUUCACUCUUUUCUACCAAACUGUAAUUCUAUGAAAGCCAAAGUACCUUUGACUUGUGCAAUUCUAUUGUUUUUGGGAUGGGGGAGAGUAGCUGGCUUUGAUUUUAGGAUCAUGUCUGGAAUGAAACUGCUCCAGUAAAAGUGUAUUUAGCACUUUCCACCUGAUAGAUGAGCAUGUGUGAGACUGGAAUAAACCUGGAAUCUGUAACAUAAGCCAUGACCUGUCAGAAAAAUAAAUAAAACGGCCGCCUGAAAAAUCUAACACCACA